AAAGAAGAAGAAGAAGUGACCUUCGAGUUAAGUGCUUCCUGUCAGAGUUACAUGGUCGCAAACAUGUUUUUAAUGAAGCUGUGUACGCCACAGAGCAUCUUAUCACGGUGUGUCUGCCCCGUGCUCGUCCGUCCACACGGUGCGGGGCUCGGCCAGGCUUCACUGCUCCACACCGGGACUCCUCAGCUCAACUCCAACAGGACGUCGGUGGUGCGCUGCGGCCGGCAGAAGUAUGAGAGGCUGUACCCUGUGACGCUGGUCCGACCCGACGGAUCUACGGUCAACAUCAGAUACAGAGAGCCCAGACGGAUCCUCAUGAUGCCAGUCAAUCUGUCCACCCUGUCUGAAGAGGAGCGUCGAGCCAGACAGAAAAAGAGAGAAGUGAAGAAGACGAAAAAGCAGACAUCAGUCCAGUAUGAAGAUGACUUUAAAGUGGACAAAUACAGCCAAUUCUGGAAGAAGAAAUGACUUCUAUGAGCCCAGAUAUAUGUGAAAGCAAAGCCUGACUGAAGAUCAGCCUCUCACUUCCAUUUGUCAAUGGACAGGAUGUUUUGAUCGGAUUAUUUACAUGAGUAAAAAUGUGAUUCCACCGAAUGUUUAAAUCUUGGUACACUGAAAGCAGGUUGACUAACUAUACUCGCCACGUGUAGCAGGCCAAGCUCUGCCGCUGAGUGCUAUGACUCUGUUGUUGUCCUUGAUGUGUAAAUAACCUGCUAAGGAUGGAAAAAGUAACAAUGUUGAGUAAAUAAAAGGAUUUACAGAUG